AUGGCAAAGCGCUGGAGUGUCACCUCUUUAGUGGCACUAGCACUGCUAGGGUGCUUAGUUGGGACAGAGGUAGAAGCUCAGGACUCAAGAUGGCAGAAGCCUGUACCAUCAAUGGCAAAGGGUGCUCCACCUCCUCAGGCACAACAGGAACUCUCACAUCCUCAAAUGCCACAGGUCCAACCUCCACAGCAAAUGGCUCCUCAAGACCCUCAGUGGUCACAGUGGCCACAGGUCCAACCUCCACCACAGCAAAUUGCUCCUCAAUACCCUCAGAGGCCACAGGUCCAACCUCCACCACAGCAAAUUGCUCCUCAAUACCCUCAGAGGCCACAGGUCCAACCUCCACCACAGCAACCUCAAUACCCUCAGAGGCCACAGGUUCCACCUCCUACACAGCAAAAGGCUCCUCAAUACCCUCAGAGGCCACAGGUUCAACCUCCUACUACACAGCAUAAGGCUCCUCAAUACCCUCAAUACCCUCAGAGGCCACAGGUUCAACCUCCUACUACACAGCAAAAGGCUCCUCAAUACCCUCAGAGGCCACAGGUUCAACCUCCUACUACACAGCAAAAGGUUCCUCAAUACCCUCAGAGGCCACAGGUUCAACUUCCUACUACACAGCAAAAGGUUCCUCAAUACCCUCAGAGGCCACAGCCCAGUGUGCCAUUGCAGCCUUCUUUCCAGAGUUGUGAGGUGGCAGUGAGCCAAAAAGUCCCAUGUGGAUCUGCUGAUAUCUCUGCUGCUGGAUGUGAAGCAAUUAGCUGCUGCUUUAAUGGCCAGCAGUGCUACUUUGGAAAAGCAGUGACCGUCCAGUGCACCAUGGAUGCCCAGUUUAUUGUUGUAGUGGCCAGAGAUGCCACUCUACCCAACAUUGACCUUGAGUCAAUCUCACUUUUGGGACAAGGUCAAGGCUGUACACAUGUGGACUCUAAUUCAGGCUUUGCCAUCUACAACUUCCCUGUUACCUCCUGCGGCUCCCUUGUUAUGGAAGAGCCUGGAGUUAUAAUCUAUGAGAACAGAAUGUCCGCCUCAUAUGAAGUGGGAGUCGGGCCUCUUGGAGUCAUUACGAGGGACAGCCACUUUGAAUUGCUCUUCCAGUGUAGAUACACCGGCACCUCUGUUGAAACUGUGGUUGCAGAAGUAUUACCGUUACUAGAUCCUCCUCUACCAGUUGCUGCUAUGGGACCCAUCAGUGUUCACCUGAGGUUGGCUAACGGACAAUGCAAUUCAAAGGGUUGUAAUGAAGUUGAUAUGGCCUAUUCCUCGUUCUACACGGAGGACAUGUAUCCUGUGACCAAAAUACUGAGGGAGGCUGUGUACGUGGAGGUUGAACUCCUUGGAAAGACAGACCCCAACCUUGUCCUGACUCUUGAUCGCUGUUGGGUAACCACAAGCCCCAUCCCUCACAAUCUGCCCCAGUGGGACAUUCUGAUAGACGGGUGUCCAUACAGUGAUGAUCGCUACUUGUCCUCACUGGUUUCAGUGGGUCCCUCCUCUGGUCUGGACUUCCCCAGUCACUACAGGCGUUUCCUUUUCAAAAUGUUUACCUUUGUGGACCCCAAUUCAAUGGUACCCCUGAAGGAAGAGUUGUACAUUCACUGCAGUACAGUUGUGUGCAGUCCUGUACCAGGCUACUCCUGUGAACCAUCAUGCUUCAGAAAAAGGAGAGCUGUCAUGGAUGAGCGCCAGAGGACGACUGAGCCGAAGGUUGUGGCUUCUGUUGGACCAGUGAACAUGAGUGCCUCUGCCGAGUAAACAGCACAGAGUCUAGUUCAAGUAUUUGGCCGAGAAAAUUUUGUAAAAGA